AUAUGAUAGUAGUAUACACAGAUUAUAAGAAAAUUGUAUUUUCUGUGUCAAGUAUUAUUUCACAAAUAAACUCGCUUAUCAUUUUCUUUACCCUCAUAAUAUGCGAUUAGGGAUAGCUGUGUAAGCAAUUAUCGAGCAUGCGCCUUAUUUACUUUCAGUCUACACUCUGUGUUCACUAUAGUAAUUGCGAAAAUUUUGUGAAUAAUUAUAUCCAUUAAAUAACAAAGAAUAAAUUAUAACUUUAUAAUGACGCUUAAUAGCAAAUACCUAUCGUUAAUUAAAAUUAGAACGUAGAAAUAUAGAGAAUGAUAAAUGUCUAUUUGAAUUUAUUUACUAAACUGGAAACAUUAGUUUUUAUUUAAAAUAUAUAAUAUCAUCAUUUUAUAUUAUUUAAAUGUAACACAAAUUAACAAUGAUUUGAGUGAACGGUUUAACGGUUUUCGUUAUUUAUAAUGAAAACCCUUAUUCGUCUAGUUUUAUUGUUCUUUUCUAGUACUUUUAUUUUAUUUUUUGUUUUCUUUGUAUUCAGCAACAAAGAAAAUAUCAACAAAAUUGAGGGUGAUAAAUUUAACAAUCAAAAGUUAUUGAUAAACAAUUAUCAAAAAAAUGAUCAUCAACAUUUCAUUAUUUUGUCUCCUUUUGUGGAAAGUUCACUACCAAAUAAUACAGGAAUUACUUCAAAAGAUGCAAUUUGGCAAAAAGUUCAGUUCACUAAGUUCAAGUUCUUUAUAUAUUCUGCUUAUUUGGAUUUUAGGAUUAAAUCCAUUGGGCCGUUAAUUAGAAUCAUUGGUGCAACUAAAACCAGACGACCUGAUACUGUUUGGUGUAGAUUAUGGUAUUCAAACAGUUCCAAAACAGUUUUAGCAUUUGUUAAGGCUAUUCGUGAAAAUUGGAAUCUAAAGUACAGUGCAGUAUUUGUAUUGUGUAAGUUACCUCCAGAAAAUACUUAUCCAUUAAGUGUAUCAAUAGUAUCUCAUUUCAAAGAUACUAUCACUAACAGAGUUCUUAUUAAUAUGCCAAUGUCAAAUAGAAAUUUCAAGACGGACAUAGAAAUUUGUAUUAAGCCUUUACAUUAUUUUUAUGAUCGGGCAUUACAACUUAUGGAGUUUGUAGAACUUAAUACUAUACUAGGAGUUGAACAUUUCACAUUUUAUAAAAAUACAAUUGGUCCAAAUGUUGAAUGUAUUCUUAAUCAUUAUAAAAAAGAUAAUCUUAUUUCUAUGUUACCCUGGGAAAUUGAUUUGGUAUCCAAAAAAGAAAUAAGAACGGAAGGAAUGUUUGCAGCUCUUAAUGAUUGUUUGUACAGAAACAUGUACACAUCAAAAUAUGUUGCAUUUUUAGAUAUAGAUGAAUUAAUAAUGCCAAAACAAAAUAAUACCCUUACACAAUUAAUAAAAUGGAUGAACACUUAUCAAUCUCCUGCUGCUUAUUCCUUUCGGAAUGCUUUCUUUUACAUGCAAUGGGCUGAUGAUGAAAGCUUACAAUUAGAGAAAAAUCCAUUUCAUUCUAACCUAAUAGUUUUACGUAAAACUCGCCGAAAAACCAAAUUACAUCCACAUAAACAGAGAUCUAAAUACAUUUGUGAUCCUAGAAGAGUUGUUGAAGUUGGGAACCAUUUUAUAUGGGAGUUUUUAGAUCCAGGACAUGAUGCAACUCUGUAUAUUCCCGCAGAACGUGCUAUACUUCAUCACUAUAGAGUAUGUGAAUAUGGUGGUGAUGACUGUAUUACAGCAGAUUCUGUAAUAGAUCGUACUGUUUAUAAGUAUAAAAGUAAAUUAGUUGAUAAAGUAACCAAUACUUUAUCAAAUUUGGAUAACCAAUGUCUUAUUAAAGCUCAAGCCAAUACUAAUGAGACAUUAUAUUUUUUUAAUUAAUUAUGUAACUAAAAUGUGCUUCCAGUAAGUUACUAAGUUAUUAAAAAUUAAAAAGUUCUUACAGGGUUUUGCAACCAUGAUAUUUAAUUUAUUAUCUACAGAUAAAUUAAUAAAUUUAAUUUAUUCAUAAAUCUAUUGGUAAAUUAAUAAUUGUUAGCAUAUUUUAUUGUAAUAUAUAUUACAACUUUAUAUUAAUGAAUAAAAAUAGGUGAGGGUUAUUAAAUAAUAUACUUAGGGAAGUAUAGUGGAAAGAAUGGUGUAGGAAUAAUAAUAGAUGAGGAAAUAAAAAGUUAAGUAGUAGAAGUAGCUACGAAAAGUGACAGGAUUAUAGUUGUGAAAUUGAUAUUCGAAGAAAAAGUGCUGAAUGUAAUAAGUGCCUAUGCACCACAAUAGGAUGUGAUCAAAUAGACAAGGAAGUGUUUUGGAGAGAGAUGGGUGAGGUGAUGCAAGGGGUAACUGGCAAUGAGGUUGUGGUGAUAGGUGGAGAUAUGAAUGGAAAUGUAGGUAAUAAGAGGAGAGAAUAUGAAAGGUAAAGGUGACAUACAGGAGUGUGAAAAUUAUAGAGGCAUAAAGCUUAUGAAUCAUAGUAUGAAAAUUUAGGAAAAGGUAAUAGAUAAGAGAAUAAGAAAUGAGACAUUGGUAUCUAAAAUGUAGUUUGGAUUUAUGCCCGGUAAGUCAACAAAGGAGCCAUUAUUUUGUGUGAGGCAACUAAUAGUAAAGUUUAGGGAAAAAAAGAAAAAGCUUUGUAUGGUAUUUAUAGAUUUGGAGAAAGCGUAUGAUAGAGUACCGAGAGAGGUUCUAAAGUGGGCAUUAAUGAGAAAAGGAGUCCUGAAAUGGUAUAUUAAUAUAAUAGAGGAUAUGUAUGAUGACACUUGUACCUGUGUAAAAGUGUAGGAGUACAGAAGGUUUUAGUUUAAGAGUAUGAGUGAAUCAGAGUUCUGCUUUAAGCCCUUACUUAUUUUCCAUAGUGAUGGAUGAAAUUACUAGAGAAAUACAAGGAGAGGUGCCGUGGUGCAUGUUGUUUGCUGACGAUAUAGUGUUAAUAGGAGAAAAUAGGGAGGAAAUUAAUCAAAUGCUAGAGGUAUGGAGAUCAGCUCUUGAAGAAAAGGGUUUAAGAAUAAUUAGAAGUAAUACAGAGUAUAUAGAGUAGUACUUCUUAACCUUUUUAGAACCACGGAACACUUAUAAUUGUAUAAGAAUUUUGCGGAGCGCUAGGUCGUAAAAUAAAACAAUACUUACAUUUUUUUAAAUUAAAUUACAUAUAUGAUACUCGUAAUUAGUCAAUGAAAUUUAUAUAUAAUAAAUUUAAUAAAUUUAAUAAAAUUGGUAUAUGAUAUAAAAUAAAUACAAUUUUUAAAAAAAAAUUUUAGAUUAUUUAAUGUGAUAUUUGGGCCUGAUAACUGUUGCAUAUAUUUUCAAUAUUUGGUCUUAUAUAUGAAAGUACUACUCUCAUUUCCUCUUCUCUAUUAGUUAGCCUUUCACGUUAUUUUGUCAUAAUAUUUGUUAAUGUUGAAAAUCCAUGCUCGCAUAAGUAUGAUGUUGAAAAUUGUAAUAAAAUUCUAAUUGCGCUUUCGGAAAUAUUUUUAAACUCUGUUUGAAUAGAAAUCCAAAAUUCUUCAACUGUUAUUUCGGAAAAUUUUUUUCGGAAAGAUUAAAUUUAUAUAAAUAUGAUGAAAUAGAGUCAAAAAUAUUCUGUCCUGUUGUACGUUCUGUAAGUUGUCUGCAGCAUAAAAAUUAAUUCACUAUUUUGUUUUUAUUAAUGAAUCGAACAAAUUACGAUGUACGUGAAGUACGUGAGCUAUACCACUGAUAUCAGUUGACUCAUCAAUUUGUAAAGUAAAAUAUGAUUUAGAAAGUUAAUUAAAAACUGAUUUUUAUUGUGUCGUCUGAAUGCGGAAUUUUCAUAAUUUCAUUUUUUGCGUCAUCUCCAAACAUAAUUUGAACUAUUUCUGAACAUGCUGAAAAAAUUAGGCUCUCUGCUAUAGUGUGUGGUUUUAAAUUUUUAACAAUUAUUUCAGCAACUUUAUACGAUGCGAUUUGUGCUUUAUUUGGUAUUGUUAUUUUUUUUUCAAAUUUUUUUUUUGAACAAUUUGAUUUUUUAACAAUCUUUCAAAUUAAUUCUUAUUCUUGGACUGGAGAUUAGCAUGUGUUAGAUGUAAAAUGGCGUUUUAAUUUUGCUGGUAUCAUUGUGCAGAGUUUUUCUCCACAAAUCACACAAAGAGGUAUUUGACACUCAUUUUCAACAAUGUAAGUAAACCCGAUAUCUAAAUAAUCAUUGCAAUAUUGUCUAUUAACUUUUCUUAUUUUGUUCUCCCUCUUAUAAGUAUUUAUAUCAUUAUUAAUAUUGCUUGAACUUACGUUGGUAUUAUUUGCGCUUGAGUCAUAUUUUUGUUUUAUAAAUGUAUGCAUGUUGCAGUUUUAAAUAAUUAUUUUUAUAAUAUUAUAUUAUUAUAAAAUAUUAUAUUUUGUCAAAUUAAUUAUGUACUCUAAAGAUAAAAUAAAAUAAAAUAUGUCUAAAUAGUUUCACUCGGUACUUAAAAAAAAUCCAAAUUAUUCAUAAAGAAAUUCGUUUACUGCGGUCGUUAAAAUAAAUAAAAAUAAUACCCGGAAUUAUUAUAUUACAUCAAACAUAUUGAAUCGCAUACGAUCGGAAUCAUACUAAUUGUGUACUAAAUAUUUCUUUUACAUUUCUACUAUCUGCAAUCGAUCAGUCUAUUUAUAAUCUAUUUCUGUUAUCGUCGUAUGGAUGCAACAUUACACGAACACGCGACGGUAAAAUUUUUGUAUAUUAUUUAACAAUAAUUUACGGUUUUACCCAAAAGUACUAAUAUAAUUCAUUGUGUUGUAAUAAGUCGCAUUGUACAAGUUUGUAUUAUUAAAAAAUUUUUUUCCAAAAUUUCCUAGAAUGAAGCAAUAUUAAAAGAAAUUUAUUUUAACUCGUACUACUCUAUGUAAUUUUCUCCCUUCAAUGUAACAAAAGGAUUGUGUUUUUAAGUCUUCCAUUGUUUACUGAAGUGCGUUAACUAAAAUCAUUUUUACCCUGUUGAUUACAACUAUCUGAAUGUUGUAAAUUUUCUUAAAUUUAUCCUCUUUCAACACUAAUUUGAGCUUGGCAAUGAAAAACAUUUGGGUAGGCUAAAAUCUGGUGGAUGGUGGAUAGUAGAAAAAUUUCACCAAUAUACUAGCUUUAAAAGAAAAUUUGAACAAAGUGUUAUUUAAUUAAAUUGUUUAUGCUAGAUUUAUAACCAAUAAACAUUAAAAUUCCAUUGAGUAAAACCACUGCCAAACUGCAAAAAAUUUAAGUAGAACCUUUAAACUAACCUUGUAGGUACAAGAACAAUUCUAAUGAUAGUAUCUAGAGUUUCACGGUAAUACCGUUAGUUUUACUAUUUUUUUCAUUGUAAGAAAUUUUUAGGACAAACUGUAAAAGAUAUAUAAAAAUGUAAGUCAAUUUGAUUA